CUGAACCAAACAAUUAAUUUCUUCUUCUUCUUCUUCUUCUGUUUCUCCUUCUCCUUCUCCUCCUUCUUCUUCUUCUGCUCCUCCUCCUCCUCCUCCUCUUUCCCUUUCAGUGAAUGAACUACCUACGGGAGGCAACACAACCCACCAGUUCACUACCACACAAAGCAACAGCUAGCCAGUACAACCUGAAUACGCCUAGCUACUAAAUCUAGUAAGUUAGUAACGAGAGCUGAUGAGGUACCCGAGGCUUCUUCUGUCCAUCUGUCUUAUCCUGCUCUCCCUCCCGGCCGUCCUGGUGCUAGCCGCAGCCGACGACCUGCCGGCGCACCUGCCAGGAUGCAAAUCGAGGUGCGGCGACGUCGACAUCCCGUACCCGUUCGGCAUCGGCGAUCAGUGCGCCAUCCACAGCGGCUUCAACAUCACCUGCGCUCCUGUCAACGGCACUGAGAGGCCUUACAAGGGGACGUUCGAGGUGACCAAGAUCUCCGUGCCCGAUGCCAAAGCUUGGAUGAAGAUGGGCAUCUCCUGGCGCUGCUAUGGCCAAACUGACACGCAGAACAUGAGAGAGUAUAGUCUUUGGCAGAAUUUCACCAACACGCCCUUCAGGUUCUCACAAGAUGAUAACAAAAUUUUCGUCAUCGGUUGCAACACGACUGGCUAUAUGACUACACUUUCUUAUGUCCUAGGCUGCUACUCCACAUGCUCUCGUGAACCACCAACAAAUGGUUCGUGCUCUGGCGCUGGCUGCUGUAAGGUGGAUCUCCCAAAAGACCAGGUGUAUUUGAGAGCUUUCUUCAACGAAUACUACAGUACCAGUACUGGCUGCAGCUAUAUUAUAGUUAUGGAAGAGAAAGAGUUCAGCUACAGCACCACUUAUUCCUAUUCGACAAAUUUCUGGAAUGCAUACAAGGGCCAAGUCCCAGUUGUAAUGGACUGGAUUAUUAGAAGGCGAACGUGCGAGGCUUCUAAAAAGAACACCAGUUCAUAUGCAUGUGUUAGCAACAACAGUGAGUGUGUCGAUGCCAGUGACACCAAUGGGAGAGCAGCUUACCGCUGCAAGUGUCAGGAUGGGUACCAAGGCAAUCCGUACAUCAAGGGUGGAUGCACAGAUAUCGAUGAAUGCCUUCAUCAGGAUACUACGGAUUCAUGCGCACACAGAGGGGGGACUUGUCUAAAUACACAGGGGAACUUCACCUGUUUAUGUCCACAAGGAAAACAAAUGAUUAAUGACAAGUGUAUCUCAAAUCAGAAGUCUUCUUCUUGGGUGAUGCCAGUCGUAGGCGCAAGUGUUGGACUAGUGGUCCUUGUCGUUACCAUAACCUGUGCAUACCUGAUCCAAGAAAGAAGAAAGCUACAGCACAUCAAACAGAGAUACUUCCAACAACACGGGGGUAUGCUGCUGUUUGAGGAGAUAAAAUCACAGCAAGGCAUUGCAUUUAAAAUAUUCUCAGAAGCAGAGUUGCAAGAAGCCACUGACAAGUUCAACGAAAAGCGAGUGUUGGGUCAUGGUGGACAUGGAACUGUGUACAAGGGUCUUCUCACGGGCAACGCCGAAGUAGCUGUAAAAAGAUGCAUGUCCAUUGAUGAGCAGCACAAGAAAGAAUUCGGCAAGGAAAUGCUGAUCCUCUCUCAGAUCAACCACAAGAACAUCGUUAAGCUAUUUGGCUGCUGCCUCGAAGUGGAGGUCCCCAUGCUGGUAUACGAGUUCAUUCCAAAUGGUACAUUGUUCCAACUCAUUCAUGGUAACCAUGGCAGGCAGAUUUCCUUGGCUACUCGCAUGCAGAUCGCCCAUCAGUCUGCUGAGGCACUUGCCUACCUGCACUCGUGGGCAUCCCCACCAAUCCUCCAUGGAGACGUCAAAUCCUCAAACAUCCUCAUCGAUCGUGACUACACAGCGAAAGUAUCCGACUUCGGCGCUUCCAUCCUAGCACCAACUGAUGAAUCACAGUUCGUCACAAUCGUUCAAGGAACUUGUGGGUACCUGGACCCAGAGUACAUGCAGACAUGCCAACUGACAAACAAGAGCGAUGUGUACAGCUUCGGGGUUGUUCUUUUGGAGCUGCUCACACGCAAAAAGCCCUUCAACCUUGAUGGGCCUGAACAUGAGAAGAGCCUAGCACUGAGGUUUAUUUCCGUGACAAAGGAGGAUAAGCUAGAAGAGAUACUGGAUGAUCAAAUCAUGAACGAUGCAAACAUGGAGGUACUAGAAGAGGUUGCAGAGUUAGCAAAGCAAUGCUUGGAGAUAUCUGGUGGGAAUCGGCCAUCGAUGAGGGAAGUCUCAGAGAGACUUGAUAGGUUGAGAAAAGUGAUGCAGCAUCCAUGGGCGCAACAGAACCCUGAGGAGAUGGAGUCCUUGCUUGGAGAGUCAUCCAUGGCUAUCUCGGAGGUUACUAUCCACACUGGAAAUCUAAGCAUCGAGAAGGAAGCUGCCAGGAGUCUGGAAUGGGGACGUUGACCACCAAUUCACCGUCGAAUACUUCACCGUCCGACGAUCUGAGAGCGUAUCAUAUCUUUGUAUCGCUUUGGGACAUAUAUAGCAUAUCAGCUCUCGUGGAUGAUCUUGUCAUGUGCAUAGCAAUAAUUUGUCAACUACGUCGAUGGAUGACUUUAUGUAUGUGCUACAUAUCGUCGCUGUAUCGUGCUAACGAUGUGGUGUGUAAGUAGUUUUUUUGUCGAUUGGUGUAUUUGUCCUAUUGACCAUUCAGAUUUUAUCUACUUUUUUACUGGGAAUUUAUCUA